AUGGUCGACACCGAGGAUCAAACAAAGAGUCCCGCAGAUUCGGCUGCGGGCGAUGAUGGCGGACCUUUAGGUGCAGGCAAAGGUACCGCAGUGAAGGACAAAGAAUGUCAAUAUUGCCAUCAAGCCUUCACAUCAUCCUCGCUCGGACGACACCUCGAUCAAUACCUCUUCAAGAAAAAGCCCGAUGGAAUCCACGACGUCGAGGAAAUCCGUCGAAUCCGCAGUAGUAUAACCCGGCGACAAGCGCGCACCUCCACCAAACAUGAUAGCCCAGACGUAGGCACGCGCAAAGGUCAGAACGAGUCUCCGAGCGGUAGCACCCAUGAACCCCCAGCGCGUCCGCGAGAAGGGCCUCGAUUUCUUUUCAAUACACCUUCAUGGCAUGCUACGGGCGUAAUAAACAAUCUUUCCGAGAGUACUUCGCAAGACGUAGCCAAUUCUUCGCGUGCUCCCGUGUCUCAUUCGCCUGGGUCGUUGGAUUAUACGGGUCGAAACUCGAAGAAUAAAGAUGCGGAUACUGCCAGAGCUCUGGAAUUGGCCUUGCAGGAGGUUUUGGAUAAUAUCAAAGCCGCAACAAGCACAACCCGCCCUCGACUGUCGCCUUUUGAGUUCGAUGUUCAGGCCGAGACGUUUCCCUCGCUCGUCCUCAAGCUACUUCCCCCUCCUCCGGCACUAUUCGCAACUCAACCCUUUGCAACUAGCACAUCGUUCCCGUUGGAACCUCCCAGUGCGGGCCAGGUCGAUCUAGUCCGUCAUGCUCUCAAAGCGCAUAUCGAAAAAUGGCGCAAUGAACAGCUAGGAAUGUCAAACAAGAACCAGGCCGGCAGUCGAACAAAGAACAGUCAUAUUAAUGAUCCCCAGAUGAUUAAUGCAACAGCCCAGCAAUAUGACGAGAUCAGUUCGCGACAUCUCGACUUGGCUUAUCAAAACUGGAUGAUGUUGUCUAUGGAAGUCAAGAAGCACACAUGGCAAUUAGAGCUCACAAGGGCCUUUGUGCGCGAGUCAGAGAAGCGAAAAGAUCUAGAAGCCCAACUCAACAGGGUGCAACAAGAAGCGGAGAAGCUUCGAGCACAAAACGAGAGAUUAAGCUCCUGCCAAUGGCCGCGAGAGUUUGCGCUGUUUCCACCAGAUACGCUACCAUUGCCGCGAGAUGCAGCCCGUGAGCUAGACGCGAUGGAUAACAGCUAUACUAGCCCCGAUUCCUCGCGGUGGGAUUACGACCAGCUAGUCGCGAAAUGGAAGCGCGUUGUCAUGCACGACAAAAGCAUGGGACGAGUCGGAGCUUCUUCGUAUAGAGGCCUUGAUGAGCCAAUUCCAGAGUCUACUAUACGCCCAAAACUGAAUGCUCCAGGCGCCGAAAACCACAGCGAGUUCCCGUCAUUCGGAUAUGUUGCGCCAACGACAACGACCUCGACAAAUAUACCCGCCCAACACACAUCACCUUAUGAUGCUGCAGCGCAUCAAAGUACAUACAAUACGCAUCAGGCGGCCAAACGGCAACGACUGAUGAACGGGACUGGGAAAGAUGUUGGCGGUGAGAGUGAUCAUUACAGGACCAGUCCACAGCUUGCAAAUGGGAAUACCACGGGAUGGAGUCCAGCGUCCGUACAGUCGCUCUUGACUUCGAGCAAUCCGCCGUCUACCUCAGUUCCUGCAAAUAACAAUCGAUAUGGUCCUUCUUAA